ACCACAGUUGGCGCGCUUCAUGAAAGUUGCGUUGCGAAUGUGCAACUGAUGGUCAAGGAUAGGUCCAUUGAAGGUGGGAGCUUCUAAGUAUCGCAACCUUAUGUCCCUUUGGAAUGUCUAAGGCUUUGAAGAUGGUGCAGGAUGAAGUCACCCGUUCCAUAUCCCAAGGGGGCUGAAAGAGGGAGCAAGUAAAAGAAAGGACGAGAGGCAGAGUAGCCAAUAUUCAUGAAGGAAUGUUUAAGGUGUUUGUUAAGAAAGAGCAUUUAAUAGGAAAAAUAAAGUAAGUGUUAACAAGGUGUGAGUGGACAUACAACUGACAAAUGGAGGCGAUUCGGAAAGGAGCUGAGAGUAUGGGAUUAUGUGUGGUUAUAAAAUAAAAGAUAGUGCUAGAAACAGUAUUGUGAUACACAAUUGGCUAUCUUCCUUUUAUUAUCGAAGCUAUUAGAGCCCCUUUCGUUUUUUGUAUUAUUAUUUUUGUCAGGUAUUAUAGGGUCUUGAGUCGGCUUCGUAUAUUAGUGAAUUGUCUAGUUUGCUUGUAAUAGGAUUUCUGGGUAGGAAGUGAAACCAAUUCAACGUUCGUAACACGACUUAAAGAGGUAUUUUGCGUGAUAAAUCAGCAUCAAUACCAUAAGUUCGUGACAUCCCACUAAACCAUAAGGAGCCGUAAUUAAAAAAAAUUGUUCUGCCCUACAGACAUGGGUGGAUUGAAUUUAUCGCGCGCGUCAGAUUUGUUUUAUAUUGAUCUUUGCAAACUGGAUGACGCUUCAAGUCAGAAUAGUUCUUGGGAACAUGAACGCUAUAGCAACUUCAUUCUCCCAAAGAAUGCACGAGACUUUAGAUUUGAUGAAACUGUUAAAACCCCGUCUCAAAUCUUUGGAGAACAAUCAUCUCUAUUUAAUAUCCGUUAUCAAUGCUUGAAAAUAACGAAAGAACCAGGAGAUGACUGGGUGAAGCAUGCAGGAAUUGUGAAUCGAGAAUGUGAGAGGUUCAAUUUGUCCUCCAUGACUGAAGACCAAUUUAAAUGCCUAGUGUUUAACUGUAGCCUGCGUUCACCCGAGGAUGCCGACAUCCGAACGAGAAUUCUAAGCAAGCUAAAACACUGCCCCAACAUGACGCUGCAGGAAGUAUCUACCGAAUGCCGAAGGUUAGUGAAUCUGAAGCAUGAUGCCUCGAUGGUAGAGAACGGCGACCGGUUCCUUCAUGUCAAUGCAGUCGAGAGAAAAAUCUCACAAGGUUCCAGCACUCAGAAUUAUCGUAAUGACAGCAAAAAACCAUCAUCCUCAUUCUGGUUAUGUGGCGGUUGGCACUUCUAAAGGUUUUGUCCGUUUAAGAAUCAUCGUUGCACUGUGUUCCAGAAAAAGACAAAGAAAGUCAUUGCAAAACUCGAAAACGCCGCCAACCGGAAGAGUAUUCUAAGAGAUUCAAACCACAAACAGCUGAAGUAACGGUAGCUCAUCACAAAGCUGGCUCCCAUAACCGCAGAAAUUAGAUACAUCCUCUG